AGAGAUGGAUCAGCUUAACUCCACCCGCCUCCUCUCCGCCAACCAAUCAGAUCUGAGCAGCACCUUCACGCGGCAGGUGCUGCCGCCGCUCUACUUGCUGAUCUGCGUGGUGGGCGUGUCCCUGAACGGCGUGGCGGUCUGGAUCUUCUUCAGGGUCCCCAGCGACUCGGGCCUGGUGGUCUACCUGAAGAACAUGAUGGUGGCCGACCUGCUGAUGCUCGCCACCUUCCCCUUCCGCGUGGCGGCGCAGCUGGGCUUGGGCGGAUGGCGCCUCCACGUGGUCACGUGCCGCUACACCGCCGUGCUCUUCUACUCCUCCAUGUACGUGGGCAUCAUGUUCAUGGGGCUGAUCAGCCUCGACCGCUACGUCAAGAUCGUGAGACACACGGCGCCCAACGGCAACGGCAACGCCGCGUCUUCCUGCAGGUCCAGGUUUGGCGCCGGGUCCUUGCUGCACCUUCUGCAGAGCGUGGUCUUCGCCCGGGUAUUGGCGUUCCUCACCUGGAGCUUCCUGGUCCUCUGCGUCCUGCCCAACGUGGUGCUGACCAGCCAGCCGGCAAACGCGGAGAACUCGCGGCACUGCAUGCAGCUGAAGACGCCGCUGGGCGUGCAGUGGCACCGCGUGUCCACCUUCCUGAGCGUGGGCCUGUUCUGGGUCACCCUGCUGGUCCUCGCCUACUGCUACGCCUCCAUCGCCUGCCGUGUCUACCGGUCGUACCGCCGCGUGCGUCACCGCGGUAACAACAGCAGCGACGCGUGCCGCAAGUCCAACCGCAGCAUCUUCAGCAUCCUGGCGGUGUUCUUCGUCUGCUUCGUGCCGUACCACGUGUGCCGCGUGCCGUACACGCUGAGCCAGAUGCAGGCGUCGGGCUUCGACCGGGACACGCGCUUCCUGCUGUUCCAGCUGAAGGAGGGGACGCUCUUCCUGGCGGCGCUCAACGUCUGUCUCGACCCCGUCAUCUACUUCCUGAUGUGCCAAACCUUCAGAGAGUCGCUGCUCAGGAAACUGUCGGGGAGAGACCGGAGGAGGCGGGGGUCGCAGACCACCGGACAGAGUCUGAGUCACAUUUAGAGGGAGGCAGGGGACGAGGAGAGGAGACAAGGAGAAGGGACAACCGAGGGGACAAGGACAGGA